AUGGUGACCACGGCCUCCAACACAGCCUUUGUGGCCGAGAUGGCACAUCGGUACUGUGAGUUGCUUGAGGAGCAGGACACCGGCAAACUGCAAGAUCAGAUUGCCAAGCUGAAGAAAAAGCUGAGACGGCUUCAAGAGGCCGAGGCUAAAGGGGAGGAGGCCGAUGCCACUACCAAUAGUCUGAGGUCAGCUCUGGAGGAAGAGCAGAAGAGGUCGGAGGAGGCGAAGAAGACCCAUGAGCAGGCCCUCGAGAGUGCAAGGACCUCGGUUGUUGAGAAUUUCCGGAGGUCCGAGACCUUCCUUGGGGAUCUCGGCCAACUGACGAGGCCGAGCUUCAUGCUUGGCUUCACGUCGGCUAUUGAUGAGGCCGCGGCUCACCUCUCCUCCGAAGCCUUGGAGUCUUUGAAGAAUAGUGUCAAUUAUAACGAAGACUCCAAGGAACUGUGCGAUUGGAUGGCCGAUGGCAUUCAGGCUGGAAGAAACUUGGCCGAGGUCCAGGACGAGUUCAACAAAUGGCUGUCCGAACUCGACAAAGUGUUCGAGGAGGAAGGAGGGGAGGACACUGGGGGUGACGUCGGCGAGGAGGCUGCUGAAGAGUAA